AUGAUUCGUGACUACCUCACUCUGAUCGUGCUGCUUAGCGCUUCCGUGGGCCUGCUAAGGACUGCAGAGGGCAGCAAAAUUCCUGCAGCUGAUUGGUCGGCCGACGUGGGCAGCAGCAAAAGUCAAACGCAACUAUGCAGUCUCGGUCGUCGGCUUCAAAUAAUGAAAGAAAUCCAAUUUCUCUCAAGGUACUUGGAUAUCUGCUCUGACAGCACCCUUUUCGAUGGCAAGACAAGAAAACGUUCCCCCGAACCCCUCUGGGUCGUGGAAUGA